CUGCAUACAUAUAUAUUUGAUAAAAUCGUCCGUCCAAAGCGUUUUCAGCCAUUUCAUUGUCUACCGAGUAUAUUAAAAUGUAGAUACUAUAAAAUGUUUGAGUGAAAUAUACAAAAUUAGGAAAAAGGAAAAAGAAAAUGAAACAAAUUACCCUUUUCGCAAUUGUGCUGGUGAUAUUUAUUGUUGUGCUGACUUUUGAAGACGUAAAGGCUUGGAGAGGAAAUUAUUAUAAGAUAAGAAUAAGCAGAGAGUUAAGAAAAGAAUAUUGUGCUUGCUGGUACUGGCAGUGGGGAUGCUCUUACACUAGGUGGUACUGGAAAACUGAAUAUUACUUUUACAGUCAAUGUAGACCUGGAUGGACACACAAUGGUGACGAAAACUGUAACAUACCUGUUUGCAGGCCAACAUGCCAAAAUGGUGGAACAUGUAUAAGUCCAAAUACGUGUAAAUGUCCAAGUACGUCUCGUGGACCUGUAUGUGGUGAUUUAACGUGUUCAUACCAGCUUCCAUGUUAUCCUGGAGAUUGCACAGGCGGUACAGACUGUACAUGUGAGCCAGGCUUUAUCAGUCAGAAUCGAUCAGACGGUUGCAUCAUAUUUGAUUCAUCGCACACCAAGCUACGCCCGAUCGUUGGUAAAAGUAACGUUACACUAUCCCAUAUUAGAAGAGCCGACAACAGAGUAGAUUUCAUGUUCAUACUAGAAGGUCUUGAAGAAAAGGAUCCUGGAAAGCUGGAAAUCAUUUGGAGCAAUCAGAAAAGGUUUAACAAUUUACGAUUUGAGUACGUGACAUACUUUGUACCACCGGAAAAUCUUCCAGAGAGACCAACCUACGUGCGUGAGUCUGGAAUUGGAAUAGUUGAGAGUAUAAUCGAGGCAAAUGUGAGCAAAAUCCCGAGAGAUGGGGGACGUAUCAGAGAUACGCCAGACGGAUCAUUCAAAAUCUAUAAAUGUCAGAGCGGUUUCUCAAGAGAUAACCCAGAAAAAGAACUAGCCACCUGUGAGAUAAACGAUGAACAGUUCAGUACAUUAAUAGAGCACGGAGACUGGUUGAAUAUAAAGUUCAUGUCAACAUCUGGGGGUUUCCAGAAACUUGUCAACAUUGACCAACAAAGUAAGCCAUAUGCCACAAAAUACUACAAAGGUUUGCAAGACGUUAGAGAGGUGCAGUUCAAUUUCGAUUUUAUUGCACCGAAACACUGCUCAGAAACUGAUGCCUCGAAAAGAUGUAAGCCAGAAUCAGAUAUACUUCGUAUUGAAGAAGAAUUUACAAAGAAUCCAAUCAGUAUGUAUUGGUCUGGUUGGACUGAUGAACUGUCCGGCGUUUUGGAAUACUACGUAGAGGUGUUCAAACUUACUCCUGAUGCAUACAAUAAGCUGGUUGAAAUGGAACCUUUAUCUCCAGUAUUUAACACAACCAUUCCACACAGAAAAUAUAGAAAAAAUAUGAAGUAUCCAGAAUACAGGCCAACGGAACCAGGCAUGUAUAGUGUUUUGGUAGAAAUCAGAGACACGGCCAACAACUCUAGAAUAGCACGACGACUUGUUUUAUUUGAUGACCAGUCUGAAAUUACGUUCAAUGAAAGACCAAAUGGAAAACUCUACGUGAGUUCGGCGGUAGAAGAAACCGGAUACAAGUGGCAGACUGUAGCUAAAGGCCAGGAUGUGACAUUUGAAGUGAGCUGGAAAAACUAUUUCAUCAACAAAAUAAUGGAAGAGAACAUGUUGCUAAAUUCUGUUGAUCCUUAUCCAACUCAAUUCAAGGAGAUAGAGGAUGACGGCGUACUUUUCAGCAAAAAAUACGUUCAUGAUUCCCUGGACGACCAUGAAGGAAAAAGAACACGUGAUGCUAUCACAAAUUUUCAUGGAAUUGUUGAAUUUGAAUGGGCCAAAGUAUUAACGAAAGAUGAAGAUGAACCAAAGGUGGGUUGGACAACAGUAUCGCCACUUGAAGAGCAAACGUCUUUCACGUCAAAACUUGAUGAUGGGAGUCGGAUGCGCGUAUGGGUUCGUGCGACAGAUGUAAUGGGCAACAUAAAGACAGACAGUACGAUUGUAACUGUUGAUGGAUCAAAUCCAAAAAUAUCCAAACAGUUGGGAGAUGACCAUAAAUUUGAAGCGAACGUCAAACAUGCUACAUACAAUUAUACGUCAAGGAUACGUUUUACUGCCAAAGACGAUAACAGCGGAGUACAUAAAAUUGGAUUUGCUAUCACAAUUAAAACUUCUGGUAAAGCUGAUCGAAUAGUAUAUGAAGGUUUUGCCCCGGCAAAUAUGAAAAAUACAACUGAUGAUCCCCUCUGUGACAUCAUAGAAAACAAGUGUUUCAUUGCUAAUCAGAAACUGGAAUUGGAUAACUGUUGGUUCAUGAUCAGCAAGAGUGAUCUCGAAACAAGUACAGCUUCUGUAGAAGUUACAGCAUAUAACCAGGCAUUGCUUACGGCGUCGACAACCUUUGAUGUUGGUCACGUGAAACAUCUGGAAGGGCUUGAAAAAUACAGCGGUCCGGAAAACAUACGCAUUGAAUCACCCACUCCUAACGGAUUUCGUGUCGCCUGGGACCUUCCAGAGAAAUUGUCGUGUUAUGGGAGAGCUGAAAUAGUUAUAGUGUUGCUUAAAAAGACAGCCAGUGAAGAAAUCAAGCUUGAGACUUACUAUACUCCUGGAACUAGCAAAUACUUUGACAUUCUUGGACUUGACGCUGUGACAGACUACCAAAUUAAUUUUGCGUUGAAAAUGCCAGAUGCCGCCGCAGAACAAGAGACAGGCCUCAACUUAAAUGUGAAAACACCGGCACCUGAAACAGCAAGUGUAGAUGUAGGACUUAUCGUAGGAAUCGUUGUUGGCGUGCUGGUUCCUGUGAUCAUUGCUUUUUUGGUUAUCAUCUUCCUUAUCAGACGGCGUUACAUACGUCCUGCACAGCAAAUCCAGAAUGUCAGGAGAGCUGUUAGCAGGAAGAUCAGAAGUUCAAUGCACGGUGAUCUCGAUAAUUCAAAACCAAGUGGCUCUCGAUCGAGGAAUGUGGCGUAUGAUAAUCGAGACGAUGAUUUGUACAUCUAUGGCGGAAUGGAUAUGGAAGUACCACAGAUAUGGCAUGUCGACCGGAAUGACAUAACGUUUGAAUCAUUAAUCAAGAGUGGACACUUUGCCAACAUCUACAAAGCCAGACUUAAAAGAGGAAAAGGGUCUGAGGAUGUUGUUGUAGCUAAGACCUUAAAAGAGAGAUUCACACCUGAAGAUGCAUUGUUGAUGAAGGCCAAGAUCAACUUUACCGGUGACAAAGUCGGAGACCAUCCAAAUAUCCUAAGAUUUAUCGGCGCAGUUGUCAGUGACGACGCCAUGGGUCCAUUUAUUAUUUAUGAAUACUGCGAAAACGGAACAAUGCGGGAUUACUUAGUCGAUCGGAAGAACAAUAUUACCCUGGACUUACAGGAGAAUCUGUUCCGGUUUGGUCUUGACAUUGCAAAAGGGAUGGAAUAUCUUGCUGGAAAAGGGAUUGUCCAUCGUCGGCUAGCUGCUCGAAACAUUCUUUUGACUUUUCAUAACGAGGUGAAGAUUUCAGGCUUUGGUCCCCAACCUUCAGAAGAGGACGGGGGAGACGCUGACAAAGGAAAACGGGAAAGAAUACCAAUCAAGUGGGUGGCACCAGAAUGCAUGGAAUCUACCCGUGAUGCAACAGAACAAAGCGAUGUCUGGUCGUAUGCCGUGGUGCUCUGGGAGAUAUUCUCUCUUGGAGACACGCCGUACACGGGAAAAGGUACUGAUCUUCCUAAAAGACUGAAAAAAGGCGAAAGACUUGCUAAACCCGAGCAGUGUGACGACACGUGGUAUGCGGUCAUGAGGAAAUGCUGGUCUUACGAUGCCCGAAAAAGACAAACAUUUUCCGAUAUUAGACAACAGCUGGAUGAUCUUUUCGUGGAGUCCCCUGGUGACGACUACUACUUUUACAAGCGAUAAUCGUGCAUAAACAUAACAUAGAGGAUCGAGAUCUUAAAUAUCUGCUAUAAACAUUAUUCGGGAUGCUAUUAUAUUCAUUUUAGAAGACAGUUUUUUUUUUUUAGAAAAAUCUAUUACAUUCGUAAUUGGUGUUAGACUGUUAGCUGAAAAAUGAACUUCAAAAGGAGAUCUAACAUGGAAGUUGAACAUAGUACACAUAUUAAUUUAGAAUACAUGUAACUUACAUAUAUUUAGAGUUUAAUUUUAUUUUGUGGUUAGAUCUCAAAGAUGUCUAUUAAGUGCAGUGAUGAACUUGUAAACAAUUUAAUGGUUAUAACGCUAUUGAUUUUAAGGUAUUGGACCCCUAAUAGUAAUGUUUAAAGAAUGGCAUAUUCUUAAAGUUGGCCGUGUUUCGCACCGUAUUGCAAUUUUUAAACAACUUUUACUGUGCCGCUUUUUGCAAAUUUUUUAUAAUUCAUGAUAUUUCCUCAAGCUCAAGUAGAGACAAAUUGUAAAGUGAUGGCCACUAUCCAAAACGUUUGCAGAUAAUUCAUUUUACCAUUAAUUUUGAUAAAAAACAUCAAACUAUUGGUAAACAAUUGCAAAACACAAAAUUAAAUUUUCAAUAUAAUUUUUUCUUGGCUGCUUUAAAUAAACGGAUUUGAUGAGACAGAAUAUUAACUUCAACAUUGAAAAAUUAAGGUCGAAUCCUGCCGGUCUGUUUUGAAUUUUGCUCACUUCAUUCAAAAAUAACCUUGGGGUAAAAGUAAAACCUACCUACAUUGAAUACUCUUCAAAAAAGAGGUACUCUAUUACGGGUCUAAUACCUUAAAGCAAAUGGAAUGCUAGAAAAUGUCGUAUAUACUAUCUUUGUUUUCUGUCUGUCUUUUAUGAAUAAUUAGUUGUAAUGACACCAAAAUGUCAAACAAGAAUAAUGAUAAUGAUAAUAACCAGACAGGAAAAAAAUAUAAAAUUAUCAUCGUUUGGGUUUGUGUAAAAAUUUCAUACAUUUGACAGAUACAUUUUUCUUUAUCAUGGUUUCACUAUUGUACAUAUUCAGCAUAUUAUGAUACAGAUCAAACACAUAAAAUAUAUAACAUAGUCAUUUAUUCAUCAAAUUUCUAGAUAGGAGAUAUUUUGUAUUUUAAAGACACAAAAAAAUAAGGCAGAGUUUUUACACUUAAACAGAUAAAAUAAGUCUCAUAUUCCUUCAUUUUACAAAGCACAGAGUCUGUUAUGGUUUAAUUUCUAAGAAGUAAACAACAAAUUUAAAGCCCUAAAACAUAUUUUGUUUUAAAAUUUCAGAGACACAAAAAAGUAGAUUUUACGCUUAACAGAUAAACAAAGCUGCAUAUUCAUUCAUUAUACAUAGAACACAGUAUUGUAUAGCUAAAUUUCUUAGAAUUAAACAGCAGGUUUAUACAAAACAAAAUCUUAAAAGAAAGAUUUGUUGUAGAUAUUUAUUUUAAACCUACAUAUUAUAUUCAAUCAUUUGACUUUUCAGGUUCAACCUUGUUUGCUACAUAGAUUCGUCUCUUAGCACAAGUAAAGUGUUUUGUUACGCGACCCACUGCCCUUCAGGUGAUUCUUUAAUGGACUUUGAUCAUUUCUGAUAAACCACACUGCAAAGAUUUGCACGUUUUUAUUUUUAAAGUAUGAUGUUUCCGACGAAAGAGAGAUAAUUUGCAAUCGAAAUUUUUGUUAUAAACGGCAAUUUUAUUUCAAACAGAAUUCUCUGCAAAAUGGAUUUCCUAAUUGUUCUGAACAAAUUUUGUAUAUAUGCAUGUAUAUAUAAAGCUGAAUGAAGAACAGUGUUUUGUGAGAUAUAAAACCCUCAACUACAAUUCAUUUAAAGGGAGGUAACAAAAGAUUUUACAUGAUCCAUCCUGUCGUCAAUGUCAUUUUUUCAACCUACUAAAAACUCAUAGACCACCUUCAAACACAUCAUGUUUCAAGACCCAAUACAAUUCUCUCCAUAUUCCCAUCGAUAUCGAUUCGUAUUAAAAUCAGGCUUGAAAUACAACACGCUUAAAAUUUUCAUUUACCUAAACAAAAUCGCUUUACAAUUUGCAUAAAUCAUUCUUCAAAUAUGCCUAGAAUAUGUUUGAAACACGAAUAAAUAAUACAUGAAACACAAACUAGGCUUCAUAAAGUCAUAGUAAUUGUCUCGUCAUGCUUAUUUUCUCAUAAAUCGUCCCAAUUUCUAAUGCCAUAAAUCAUCCCAAUUUCUAAUGCCAUGCUUCAGAAUCUCAAGCUCUCUUCAUAAACACGCUGAAAACAUUUCCAUUUCCACAAGGCUUCAAAAAUAUGGGAAACGCUUUUCAAAUGUUCAUGUUUCUUCAAAGCUUGUCAACUGUAAAUAACUUAUGUGACAAAUAAGCACUAUGCAACGUCAUACAUAGUUGGAGCUAAGCUGAUCAUUGUUUUACAUUACUUUGAAAAUGUUGGUGGUAUGUUCUGAUGAUUGGAGAAUAAUGAAACACCAAAUUGCCAAAUUGCCGUGAAAAAAAGUUAUUAUAACUGACUCCUUUGAUGUUUUUGUGCUAAAACUAUUAGUGAGACUACCUUUUACAUUAUGUUUUAUAACAAAGCAAGUCCUGUCGUUUUACUUUACAAUAGCCAUAAUUAUGCCACUAAACUCACCAGUGCCUUAUUAGCCUAUUGUAACUUCUUUAAAAAUGGAUAACUUAAUCGAAGUAUUUAGUAUUAUUAUUUAUGCUAUGUAAUUGUUUACAGCUACAAAUGUUUAAUCUUCUUUCGCAUGCUUUAUUUCAUAUGAUCUUGCUCGUCUGACGUACUUUUUAAGCUAGAAUAAAAUUAAAAAUCGUA